CAGGCGCUGUAAAUGGAGUCAAGCGGUCAUACUGACGCGAUAACGCCGAUAACAUACGAAAUAUUAGCUGUGAGGUGUGAGAAGGUUAUACGUGAGCGUAGGAGCAUUGAUAGCGGGAGUUAUUAGGGUGUUUAUAUAAAUAGCUUAGCAUAGUGGUGCGAGUUCUAACGCGGUUAGCUAGUUAGCUAGCAUAACGGCUACAGCGCACGCGAGGUGGGCUCGGGCUUGUCGGUGCGCUGAAGGCCUGGCUUUAGCUUUAGCUUAGCUUAGCUUGACAGUUUGUAAAAAAUUAGCUGUGUGAUUUUGAAGGCCACAGAGAACAAGGCAUGGCAGACGAAAGCGCCGUUGCAAUGCAGCAAACGUUGGACAGGAGUUGCUGGGUGUGUUUUGCCACAGAUGAGGAUGACCGCACUGCUGAGUGGGUGCGGCCAUGUCGAUGCCGUGGCUCCACCAAGUGGGUGCACCAAACCUGCUUGCAGCGCUGGGUAGACGAGAAGCAGCGGGGCAACAGUACAGCACGUGUGGCCUGUCCUCAGUGCAAUGCCGAGUACCUCAUUGUCUUCCCCAAGCUGGGACCUAUUGUGUAUGUGCUGGACCUGGCAGACAGGCUUAUCUCCAAGGCAUGCCCAUUUGCUGCAGCUGGCAUCAUGGUGGGCUCCAUCUACUGGACUGCAGUCACAUACGGAGCAGUCACAGUAAUGCAGGUGGUCGGGCAUAAGGAAGGACUGGACGUGAUGGAGAGGGCUGACCCGCUGUUCCUCCUUAUCGGACUGCCCACCAUCCCAGUCAUGCUCAUUCUGGGAAAGAUGAUACGCUGGGAGGACUAUGUGCUGCGUCUGUGGAGGAAGUAUUCCAACAAGCUGCAGAUCCUUAACAGCAUUUUCCCUGGGAUUGGAUGUCCAGUUCCCAGAAUCCCUGCCGAGGCAAGUCCGUUAGCCGAUCACGUAUCAGCCACUCGGAUCCUGUGUGGAGCGCUGGUGUUUCCCACCAUCGCCACCAUUGUGGGCAAGCUCAUGUUCAGCCGUGUCAACUCCAACCUGCAGAGGACCAUCCUGGGUGGCAUUGCAUUUGUGGCCAUUAAAGGUGCGUUCAAGGUAUACUUCAAACAGCAGCAGUACCUUCGUCAGGCCCAUCGCAAGAUCCUCAACUUCCCAGAGCAGGAGGAAGCCUGAGCGGCCAAGAGCGAACGUCCACAGCCCUUUAAGACUGAGACAUCACUGAGACCUCCAUGCCAUCUGCACCAUGUCGUGUGUGUGUGUAUGUAUGUGUUAGCGUGCACGCAUGCUGCAGAACGAACACAGAUGACUGCUGCUGGAUCAGGCUUUACCCCGGCUGCUACGACUAGAGGAAUGUGUAUCUUGAGAGGAGAGGAGUGGAUGAUGGAUGUUGCAGCACACGCUGAUGCAUUUCUGACUCACGUAAGCUGUUCCGUUUUGUCUCCCCCUGAGAAUGUGAUUCUUUUUACUCUCUUCCCUCCAUAUGUACUAGUAAAGGUUCAAGACUUCCUCUCGUGUUAUAAUCAAAGCUGGGAGAGGUUCUUUUCUUUUCUGUAUUUUAUAGGUUGUGGACUUUUUAAGUUAAGAGGAGAACGUGGAAUUCUAAAAGAGUUUUAUGUGAAUAAAUGACUGAUUUUUAUAAAUACUACUCUGAGCAUGAGGUGGGUUAGAAAUCUUGCCUUUUGGUGACUACUAAUCAGAGCUACCUUGGUGACGUUAAAUCAGUGACUGCUGUAUAAAUACACUCUGCCUACCUUACGUUUUAAUGGAGUAUCACAUCUACACCGUUACUAAUGUAAAGUCUUUCUUCAAGCUUGAAAAGCCUGUCCGUCUGGAAGUUAAGGGAAAAAGAAUUACUAGUUAAUUUUGGUAUUCUUGAGCAUCAUCACCCCCAAAAAGGACUCUAAAGAAUAAUUUAUUUAACAUGUACUUUAGAACCAACAGAUUAAUUUCUGCUGCUGUUUAAUGAUCUGAAAGAAAAUGAGUCCCCGAUGACCCCCUAAAUAAGAUUGCUUUUGUGAUCACAUCAGCAUGUGGUUUAGAAAAUCAAACUCCCGGAAAAGCCAUUAUCUCUGAUGUCCAGACAGAAGUUUCUGGGCAAGUUGCAUCACUGUCUCAACUUCAUGAACCUCACUACUACACUGAACUAGUGUUUAAUCCAGUUCUCCACGGUAUGCCUGAAACUUCUCCUCCCUUCCCUCUGAUGUGGUAACGGGGUCACUUACUCCUAGAAGUGGCUCCAAACGAACGAGGAAUAAAUAAAAUGAGCUUCUAUGGUUUACUACAUGGCCUGAGUAUGUUAUUAUAAUGGAAAGUGUGUUUGUGAUGGCUGUCGUGCCUGAUGGAUGGAUUUGAGUGAAUUUCUAUCCAUGUGAUCACUACUAACUUUGUGCAUUUGUAUAGGAGACAUGGUCAGAACAGAGGGAGUGUUGCUACAGCAAUCAAUGUAUUAUAUGUAUGUAAAAAAAAAAUGGAGGGAUUUUUUUUUUUUUUUUCUUGGGAAAACAGCAUGCAAAAAAAAAAAAAAAAACCAACUGCAGAGUGCGCAGCUUUCGUAACCUGACGCAGUAAACUUCAGCAUUUAAUGCGGAGUAGCUGCUUUUGGCAGGUUUUAUUAGUGCCACAAUACAGCACUUGUUUAUACACUUAACACAACUUAUCUAAUCCAUAAGACACGUUCAUCUACAUGAAAGGAAAAUAAAUAAAGUUUGAUUAAAGCCCUGGGCUCAUCUUUACCCAACUGAUAUUUUUUUUGUUGCCAUUUCCAGCCAAUAAUCAUUUAAUCACCGGUUCUUUGAACAUGUUAGAAAACUCACCAUAACACCAAACACAAAGCAGUGAUGUAUAAAUGUAUGACUUGUAUAUACAGAUAUUGCUUCUGGUUGAUUGAUUGAUUGAUUUGUCAAUAAAUGUAUUUUUCCAAUG